CCUCCCUCAACGUGACGCUUCCUAUCCGACGACUGCGACCAGCACCCACCAACGACAGACCCAUUCAGCAUGUCGACGUCUCUCCAAUACACACCCCUCGACGAGAUUGCGAAGACCCACGCCCGCCUGCGCGCCACAUUCGACUCCGGGAAGACCCUCCCACUGGCCUAUCGGCGGCAGCAACUGCUGCAAUUAGCGCGCUUGGUCCAACAGAACGCCCCCGCCUUCGAGUCGGCCCUCUGGCGCGAGUUCCGGAAGCAGCCGCUCGAGAUCGCGAUGGUGGACCUCAGCCCCGUGGUCUCUGCGACGCUGUAUGCGGCGGAGAAUCUGGAGCGGUGGGCGGGAGAGGAGGAGGAGAAGGAGGAUGAGGAGAACGAGAUAGAUGCCGGGAUAAAGGAUGUUCUGACGCAAACAUGCCAGAAGAAGCAAACGACAGAGCAGGAGAAAGCGAAGGACGAAAGCAAGCGCUGGCACACAACGAUCCAGAAACAGCCGAAGGGGCUGGUGGUCAAUAUCUCCCCCUGGAACUACCCCAUCAUCCUCUCCCUCUCCCCGCUCGUCGGGGCCAUCGCCGCGGGAUGCGUGGCCAUCCUCAAGCCCUCAGAGCAUACGCCUAUCGUGUCGGCCAUGUUUGCAGAGCUCUUUCCGAAGUAUCUGGACCCCGACGCGUAUGCGGUGGUCAAUGGGGGCGUGGAGGAGACGGGGCGGUUGCUGGAGAUGAAGUUUGACCACAUAUUCUUCACGGGCUCCACCCACGUCGGACGCAUCGUGGCCGCCGCAGCCGCGAAGCAGCUCACGACGGUGACUCUGGAACUGGGCGGCAAAUCCCCCGUCUUCGUCGACGCCGCGCACACGGACCUCGACAUCGCGGCCAGGCGCAUCCUCUGGGGCCGGCAGGUGUGCGCGGGGCAGGUGUGCGUCUCCCCGGACUACGUCCUCGUUCCGCGCGCGUAUCAGGACGCGUUCGUGGCCGCGGUAAGGAGGGCGUACGAGGAGUUCUGGCCGAAGGGGGAUUCAGGUGUCAAGCAAGCAGGGACGGAUGCAUGCACCGCGAGGGACGGGGUCGGUUCCACCCUCUCGGGCAUCCACCAGAGCGCCAUUAACAGGAUCAGUGCACUCGUGAGGGAGACGAAGGGGGCUGUCGUCGAAGGCGAUGUGGCGGCGGGCGCGACCGCCCCCACCAUCGUGCGCGAUGUCGGUCUCGGGGACGCGCUGAUGAGGGGCGAGAUCUUCGGCCCCAUCCUCCCCAUCGUGCCCAUCGAGGGAGGGUACGGCCCCACGUCCGCAUACUCGUCCAGCGAUCCCUGCGCAGACAUGUCCGACAAUACCUGCUCGGACACGUCCGACGAUACCUGUACAAACGAAGCGAUCAAGAUCAUCGACCCGCACCCCGCCCCGCUCGUCAUCUACGUCUUCACGGAGCGGGAGGGUGUGCGCGAGCGGUUCCUCAACGCCACCCGCAGCGGCACGCUCGUGCUCAACGACUGCGUGCAGCAGCUGGCAGUAUACGAAAUGCCCUUCGGCGGCGUGGGCGAUUCGGGGUCCGGCUCCUGGUUCGGCAAGGCCACCUUCGACACGUUCACGGAUUUGCGUCGCGUGCGGGCGAGGAAGUAGAAGACUGACGCGCGGGCGAAGGAGUAGAAGACUCACGUGCGUGCGAGGAAGUAGAGGAGAGGACUCGAUAGCGAAGGUUGGAUUAAGGGGUCGUAAUGUAGUAUAUGAUAGGAAGGCUACAGGCGUCGUGUACGUGUAUGAAUACAAGGGUCGUGUACGCGUAUGGAUACGGAAUAUAGGCGUAUAUGGCCACAGAAAUGCGAUGCUUGAUAGCCACACAGUGAAAGUCCUCCAUCCUACGCAUUCUCCACAGCCACCUUCUUCCCCCUCCUGCGUUUCUUCGUCUUACUCUCCCCUUCCACCUCUCCUACCGCCCCCACAA